UCCAAUCAACUCACCUCACCCUGUCCUAUACUUACCCAUAAGAAUGUUUUUUGGGGUGAAAACCAGCUGCUUCUUCCUGCUAAUGUUGGCAUACGAAAUAUAGCAACAGCACUUUCUUUCACUCGUCAUGUGUCCAUGGCUCUCAAGGUCAAAACUGCUGAAACCAAGGUUUUACUGUCUUAUGCCCUUUUUCAGGUUGUUCUGGUGAACCUGUUGAUAUGCAUAGUAGUUUUCUACACUGUAUACUAUGUGGUCCUAUCUGUGUGCUUUGCAGUAUUCAGGAUUAAAAUGUUGGAUGGUUUGGCACCUUUUGAUUUUAAGACAAAUCCUUCAUGGAUUAAUCCAUAUUAUUUAGUUCUUGCGAUAUCCUUGGAAAUAACUUUCUUCCUUUGUGGUCUGCUGUUUGCUCUGGUUGUGGAAGAAUGGGUUUGGGAUUAUGCUGUAACAGUUACUAUUAUUCAUAUCAUCGUAACUUCAGUUGUUAUGUCUGAGUUCCCCCUGAUGUUACACUGGUGGCUGGCAUUAGGAUGUGGAGUCAUUUCAAUGAUUUGUGGAGGACAGAUUUUGGCAUACUGCUUGUUCAAAGACAACUUCAUUUACCCCAUUCUAGAUGAUUUUUGAAAAGGAAUAUUAGAACUUGCCUUUAUAUGUAUAUGAAUUCUAUUGUUUCAUUAAUCAAUGUAAUUAAAAUGAGUUGAAGUUAGCAACUAUCUAAUUGUAAGGUUAAUACUUAGCUUACCAGACUUCUGGUAUCUUAUGUUUUUUGGCAAUGUCAUCACUUUCAGCUUUUGCAUGUACGUUUUUCAUUAAUCAAGUAAUUAGAUACACUGUCUCUUUUUAAAAAACCAAUAAGCCAUAAGGCGGAUUAGAGCAAUGAUGCAACACUCCUGCAAAGUUGUACAAGGAGAAGGAAAACAUUUGUUUGAAUGUAAUGCUUUCAGGGUUCCUGUUACCUGUUGUAUUUUAUGAAAUACUGACUCUAAUUUAGGCUGCUGUCUGACCUCUCACAAGCACUGCAAAACUUUAAAGUCACCUUAUCUGGCAUAAAUCAGUGUAGGUUUAAAGCAGCCUUUACUGACAAACUCCUGUCAAAGCAGAAUUGUUGAACAGCACAUACCACUGCACCUCAUUCCAUCUUAAAGCCCUCACUUAGAAGCUGCGCAAGACAACGGCAGGCAGACAUACAAUCCCUAAUGUUGGGCUGACCCUCUUGCUUCCAAGGAUGCUACAGCCAAAUGUUUUCUACAAAAGCUUCAGGCUAUUCUCAAUUUCGCUAACGACCCAUUCAUGGUCUGGCUGUGCUGAAAGGAGGAAAGGAAAAUGCUACUGACAGACACUUUUCUAGAUAUCGUUCUUUCUUCCCCAGAUACCAGUGGCCAAAGUGGGGGUUUAUGGGUAGUGGUAAUUAAAAACAACAAACCAAUCGUAGUAGUGGCUUCAAUUUCUUUUUUAUAUCUUCAAUCAUAACAAAGUUGUAACAGGAAAAUUGUGAGAAGGCAACUUAGUCUUAAAUAUGAAAUCCAGUGACUGGAUUUCAACUGCUGUUUGCUUGGGAGAGAUAGACUAAUUUGCUGUUUGCAUAGGAGUGCUAAAUGUUGCAUUUGCCUUAAUCUCACUCAACAGAUAAUGCCUCUGAAGAACCAGUCCCCUGUUGAUCAAAUCAAACAUCUUAAAAUGUAUUGCAAGUUCUAAAAUUUUCAAUUACGUGUCAGUACUGAAAGUACAUGUACAGUGAGAAGCACCUCUGAGGAGACUCCCAAAAGAAGGAGUUUGCUUCUCAUUAAGCAUAGAUAUGUAAGUCAUUUUAGAGACAAACCAAAUAUGUAAAUCCAUAGCACUGAAUAGAUGUAGACUUUUAGAAGUUUUUCAGCAUAAUACACUGCAUACUGAAGUCAGAAGGGGUGAUUCUGAAAAGUGAAUUAAUUGACUUGCAAAUCUUCAGAAACAUUACUGUGCAGAUAACUGAUACCAUAGUUUGGAAAAUGUUUGGACACUUCUUCUAGGUUUGUUUCAUUUCAGAACUAUAGAAAUGGAUGGGAAGGAAGUAAGGUCUAACAUAAAUUUGUACCUCUGUUCUCUUCCUCACAGAGUUUGUGUGUGUAGGUAGUGUACCAUGUGGCAGAACAGGAGUGGAUUAGAUAUAAAGUUAAUCCACGCGGUGAACAUGUUUCUAUUUUUAACCUGACAGGAUUUUCCUCUAGAUGUGUCAGCCCAGCUGCAGCUUUUAGCCACCCAGUCUUAACAUUUUAAACCUUUAUUUUCUAUUUAAAAUCUUAAAUCACCAGCAAGAAAUACCUUCAGACUAAUAUGAAGAGUGUUUUAGUCCCAGUAUUUCUUCAAAGCACAUACAAUUAAGCAGUAGUAGAAAACCAAUCACAGCAAGACCUCUGUCAAGGAUCAAAAGCAUUAGUCCAGCUACUAAAGGGUCAUUAGGUUUUUGCACUACUUUCAGAUAUGGAAUUGUGAGACAAUUUCAACAUUAUUUAUUUCAUUUUUUCCAUCACUUUUAUGUUGCAUCCAAUGGUAAAUAUUACACCUUAUGUUAAAGUGUAGGCAAAUUUCAUAUUGUGCAAUAAAUUUUAAUCAUUUAAGCAACAUGAGCUGUAUCUGUGUGUGGCCAUUACCUGGUUUGAAGCCUUCAGAUAUAAUAUCUGUGUGAUUCCUAACUGAGGUACCAAAACAGUACUUUUGAAUAUGACAAACCUGGCUGUUUCUGGAACAAAACUUAAGUGUCCCACUUGAACAACUUGCAUGUGACUAACUGAUAACAGUCAAGACAGUCAAGGUGGGAAAGAAGAGCUGCUGGAGGAGACAAAGGACAUUGUAUAUGCUUCCCAGCAGACCUGCUGAAGACAGCAAGAAAAGAGUGCUACAGAAAGCGGAAGGAAAACAGAGAAAACAACAACAGGGACAUGUGUUUGGAAAAAAGGCACAUGAAAGCAAUAAAUGAGAAGACAGAAUAAGACAAGAUCAGUGAAAAAGAAAAAAAUCUGCAGACUGAACUUGUGGCACUGGAGUCUGAUGACAUGAGACGCGUAUGCCACUUGUAAGCAGCAAUCUGUUUCUCUGCUGAUGUAAACAUGAUUCUAAAAUGGGUGGUCUCCACGUCCAUAGUUACAAGCAUAACCUGUGAUAUUGUGCUUGUGGCUCCUGCCCCAGGAUUUUCAGAAUUCUUUGCUCCCUGACUCAGCCAGUCACAUGAAUAUUGUCUAAUUUAGUUGUUGUGGGUUUAGUGUUAUUUAACCCCUUGUGAUACAGCCUAGCAGUCACAAGUUUGCACAUACCCAGGUAUCAGUGGGGGUGUAAUCAAUCUAGAAAACCUUACAAGCAGAUGGGGACUUCAUCCACUUCCAGGCAGAGUUUUCAGGGAAGAGGAUUAGAAGUUGCAAACAGAAAUCAAUGGAACAGUACACAAAUAGCAUAUCUUAAUAAUACCAUACUUAGAGUCAUUUUAAGAUUUCUUUUCAGAGGCAAGAAACUCCUUUUCAUCAUGUCCAACCACCUACUGAGACAGAUUAUAGUUCUUCUUGGUUCAGCCCUCUCUCUAAAGGGCUCUGAAUUCAUCCUUGUUCCAAAUGGUGAAGUGUCUUUCUUGUAACAAAGAAUGUAAGUGAAACGGCGGGGGGGGGGGGGGGGGGAGAAGGAGGGCAGAUGAGACUCUGAGCAUGUAUCCCUGGGCUAAUGCCUUGCAAAGUAGCUAAUGCCAAAAAAAAUACCAAAAAACCAAACAAACCUUGCUCUGGGAGCAACAAACUAACGUAAAAACAGCCAAAUAUCAAACUAAGGAGUACAGGAAACAUUAUGGUUUUUAGUUGGCAUUUUUGCAAGAAUAUAGGUUAAAUACUUAUAAUUUCCUAAUGGAGCAAAGAGUUGGUUAUUGCAAACUAAGCCUGUCCUUUUUCCAGCUCUGUAAAUUGCUUGAUCAACAUUUCCAUCUCUUUUGUAUUCAAACUUUAAAAAGCAAGCAAAAUAAAACCCUACAGUACUCAUUAUUUCUGUAUUCCUAAAAAUACCAACAACUGGGGCACCAAUAAAUACAAGAAACACAGUAUGAAUAAUACUGGAUUACCAGCAAUGUAGAUGAUUCACCUGCAGUUUUCUACGUUGGAUAUUCAUGCACGGGAUUCCUGUGGCCCAGUCUUUUGCCCAAGUGAGCUUUGUUAAACUGAGAAAAGAUGUGAAAGCCUUAUAUAUUCUUUAUUUCAUUAUCUGGUAUGUGUGUUGACACACCAUAAAGUUAGAUCAUUGCUAAUCUCCACAGGUAUUUAAAGACUUAUUUAAAUAUUUUUUUAUCUUCCAAAUGUGACGUACUUGGAAUAUUUAUUUCUUGGCUUAAGAUUCUGUGUAAUGAUCCAUCUGCUCAGUAAUGUCUAAUACUUUAAUCUCUCUUUUUUUUUGUGAGCUAAUCAUGGCCCCAGACAGCAUGCACUCUCUCAUUAGAUGUCAGAGAGGAUAAAGGUCUUAGGAAUGGUUAUAAAAUUUGGUGGUGUAAUUAAUACCUUUAUUAUUGGCUUUAAAAGUUUUAGUGUGAGGCUAUGUCCCAACCUCUUCUCUGCUCAAGGAGAUUGAUAUUGAUCCCUUUACAGUCGCUCUUCAGAUGCACCAGGAUAAUUAUGCCUGUUUUGUAGGGCAAGCAUGCUCCAUGAUGGACUUAGGUCCUACCCAUCCAUUCUCCAAUUCAGGGAACAAAAGGAAUACCUUGCAGUCCUCUUCCAGUUUGUACACUCAAGUUUCCUCUGCCAACAAGGGUGAAAGAAAAGAAAGAUAUGUGCCUAGGUGUUGCCCUGACAUGAAGCAUGGCAUGGGCUUGGACUGGGGAUUUGGGAAGCAACACUAUGACACCAAAUUCCAAAUUGAAAACCUGAGGAAAGGCCUUGGUCCCAAUCUUUUCAGGUGGCCAACCCCUAGAAAACAGUUGCACUCAGAUGAAAGGAUGAAUGGUUGAAACUGGAGCCUGUAAGGAAGCUGCAAAUUAUGUUACAUCCUUGCUGUUGUCCUAAAAUAAAGACAGUUGCAGCCAUUUUUGUUCCUUACAUUCUAGUGAAAAUAAAUCCUAAUAGGAGAUUAUUUACUGUGCACUUGCAAAAAGAUCUGUAAACAAAGGGCUGACUCCUGCCUCCAAAGCAAAGAUCCUGUUAUCUCUGUUGGAACAAUACCCUAUAAAAGGACCAUUUAUAUGUAUCCAGAAGCUCUCUCAGACAUAUGUUGUCACCAGAUUUUCAACAUCCAAAGGAGAAAUAUUUAAAAAACCCCAUGGGUUGUGGAAAAAUGUUCAAAUACAUUAAGAAUUACCAAUUUCCUAGCAGUCUUCAGAAACUUCUCAAUUCAAAUUACCUCUAGAUCAAUAGCUCUUAAAAUUUACUGAAAAAAGUGCUUUGAUAAACUUUGUAAACCUUCUUGGGAUUCCACACAAAGAAGUAACAUGAAAAUUGACAGAAAAGAUCAAUGUGUUUGAUACCCCAUAUGGUAUGAACUGAAAGAAUUUGUAGAUAUUAGCCAAAUUACACAAGCAAAUUCAACAGCAAAUUAUAUUUACAUUACUUCAAAUUUAGUAUUUAAAAAUAAUCUGAAUUCGAAGGGAUUGUUUUAACACAACUUCUCUGGAAAAUUAUAGCAAACCCUACAGAAGUUGGAGUAUUCCUUUGUACACUCCCAGGAGAGAGAAAGGCAGGCAGUGAGUGGCAAAGGCAGAGGGAAGAAGGUGUUUCAAGAAUGUAGCAGCUUCAGUACUCAUGAAGAAUGAAAGAGAACUUAAAGGAGAUGAACCAAUUUACCUACCUUGGAGCAAUUUUCCAUUCUACUGGGAGAUGUGCUGGUAGCUAGUCCUGGGAAAACUUUUCAGUAAAUCAAUGAUACACAAAAAUUCACUUUAAGACACCCAAAACCAUCAGUGAACACAGCUGAUUGAGUUUUCCUUGAAAAAGAAAAAAGGUGAAGGUUGUCAAUGUUGGUUCAUUUCAGUACCAUUAGAUCUCAGUUGUUCAGGACAGACUCACAAGGGUACCAGCAAUGACAGUGCAGACAUUCAGAUCUAAAGCGGUGAACUCACUAGAUCCCCUGAAUUCAUCAGUCAAUUAUGUGGUAUGCUAUGUUUUACAGAAGUUUUUUAAGCAUUUGACCCUUGCUUUAGAAAUAAGUUUUAUUUCCUGAUCAUUUGCCAUUGAAACAUUUUUAGAAAAAUGAAAAUUUUAAUUGAAAAGAAACUACUGUUUUUCCAUUGUCAGGAAAUGAAACGACAUCAGGUCUUCAAGUUUUGAGCAAGUAAAGUCAGUUUUGAAUAAAAAUAAAGUUGUAUUGAACUGAAAUUUUCUCACAAAAAUCUGCUUAGACCAGAAGGUAAUUUUAUUUAAAAAAAAUUUCCUCCAAAUGAUAAUGUUUCAGACUUUAUUUGUUGUAUGUAUUUUUAGAAUGUGUUAUGUAUCACUAGAUAACAUUUGCAGACUGUUCCAGUUGCCGAGGUAACUAUGUUAUUUUAAUGAUCAGCAGAGAGGAUCAUUAUGUAAAACAUUAUGUUAAUUUCAAACACAGAAAAUUGAUGUCUUGCUGUUACCUUGAAGCUGCACCUUUUUUUUUCCCCUCAAAGUGCCUUUUUCCAUGAAAAUUAAUGGUACAGCUAAGUGCUUGAGUGUCCUUUUCAGAGUGAUUCAGGUUGGCUUUGAAGGCAAAUAAGGCAAAAAAUUACACCUGACAACUAACUAAUGGCAGAUGAAGAAAUUCAAACCACCACAUUGCUUUACAGGAAGAUUAUAGGAAAAAUUUUUCCAUAUAUUUUUAAUAAACAGGGACAGUGUGUAGGAAUUUUAGGAAAGCACAUGUAUAAUUUAAUUUUUAACUUUGAAAUAUAUUAUUGUUAAGGAAAGUAAAUUAUAAAGUAUUAAAGUUCUGUUUAUGAUAAAGUGUGUGUAUUGUCCAUGAUACAGACCAUGUGAUGAAGAUAUUAAAAACCUGACGUUGAA